UAGACUUUCCUGGUCCGAACGAAGCCCAAAAUAUUCCACGACACUAUAUAGGUAUGCCGAAACCCUAAACCUGAUAUUCUGAUUCCCUGCUCACCGCCGGAAGCGAACUAAUAACCAGCAGCCGAAAGGCAGUCUUUUGAGAAUCAGCCAUGGGUAAGGUUCACGGAUCUCUAGCUCGUGCCGGUAAGGUGAGAGGCCAAACUCCUAAAGUGGCAAAGCAAGACAAGAAGAAGAAGCCCCGCGGCCGCGCUUACAAGCGUAUGCAGUACAACCGCCGUUUCGUCACAGCAGUGGUUGGAUUUGGCAAAAAGAGGGGACCUAACUCAUCUGAGAAGUAAGAGCUAUGUUGGUGAAAGAAGCCUUGUUUGAAGCUUUGAUGGAUGAAGUCUUUGUAUUUUCUUUGUAAUGUUUUAUGAUACGUAUUUCUAUUGGUGUCAAGGAUUAAAUUGAACUUUCAUUUUGGUGGCUAGAGAUGUUGUGAUUUUGUUUCAAUUAUCUUAAUUUUUGGUUUAUUAUGGGUUUGGUUUCUUCUUCAUCCAUAGUAAAUUGUUAUUGCCAUUUCAAUGCUCAUAGUACAUCUUUCUAACCAUGAGCAAGAAAGGACUGAAAAUACUACAAUCAGAUAAUGUUGAAAUGAAAGAAUGAACGAAUCACUGGCUGCGGUUUAGAGUA